AUGGAUCUCUUACUGGGCCACGAACUGGGCCGCAGACACCUGGGGCCUCCUCUUCAUUCUGGACAUGGGUUUCGCAGGGGCUCGAAGAACACCUGGACUGGGAAAUUGACCUACGCGUACGGUGCUGCGGAAGAAGCAGAAUCGGUGGCUCGGAUUUCGUGUUCGGGCCACGGCAGAGCUUAUCUGGACGGUUUGAUCAUCGACCGAAAGCCCAUCUGCGAGUGCAACGCCUGCUACGGAGGCCCCGACUGCUCUGUCUUCUCGCCCGACUGCCCUGCUGAUGCCGACAGUGGGGACCCACUGUUCCUGGAACCUUUUUGGAGGCGACACCCGGCCACAAGCGCGGUGGUCAUUGCGGGAUGGCACAGGAUGAGCUACACGUUCUCCGACACCUCACCUUUGUGGAUAACGCAAUCGCGGGAGCUAGAGAACCACAUCCGUAGGGUCCACCUGGCCGCAGCUAAUGCGAUCACGGAGGGCAAAUACGUGAUUUUCGGGGCCGGGUCCACACAACUUCUUGGGGCGGCCGUUUACGCACUUUCUAUGAACUUGUCCUCGCCAGCAGCCGUGGUGGCGGCUUCCCCUUCAUACCCG